AUGGCGAUACAAACGAGCCUGGAGCAGCUCUUCGCUGAGCUGCUUGGAAUAUGGCACACCCAUAGAGUGUCUCUGCUUGUGGUCGCGGUUUCGCUUGCUCUGAUUGUGCGCCUUACAAGUCAGCGUCGCAAUGGCCGAGAGAAGGUGUCUGUCUCGCCUGCUCCGACCUCACCCGUCGAAGAGAAGAAGACCGUCGUGCUUAGACCUGAGUGGCUACCCGAAAACACCACAAUUGUUACCUCGAGCUUGAACGUGGAUAACCACGCGGAAGACGACACGAAAGUCGUAGCAUCAGCUGCGAAAGUGAAGAAGGGGCCCAAGACUGUGAAAGGUCAAAAGCGACCGAAGAAGGUCGCGAAGCCGGUCAUCGAUUACAACCACACGAGAGACAAGAUCCAACCCUUGAUCUUCUUCCAGUCUGUCACUGGCACCACCGAAAGACGUGCGGCACAAGUCGCAGAACUUCUCACCUCUUGGACGGCCGGCUGCGAACAGUCUGCCUCCUUUCUCCAGCCCCAGCUGCUCGACCUCUCGGACCUCGACUACGACGACUACUUCAUCAACGCACCCAAAGCCGAAGCGAACACAAAGUUCUUCUACCUGAUUCUCGCACCCACCUACAACAUCGACACGCUUCUAGAUGCUUUCAUCGAAAACCUCAGCGAAACACACCACGACUUCAGAAUCGACACGGCGUCGCUGGGCGGACUCGUUGGAUUCUCCGUGUUUGGUUUUGGGGACAAGGAAGGAUGGCCGUCAGAAGAGGAGGGCUUCUGCACACAGGCAAAGGAGGUGGACAAGUGGAUGGCCAGGCUGACGGGCAGGAAGCGUGCGUACCCACUAGGCAUGGGAGAUGUCAAGAGCGAUGCCGAGGAGCGCCUGACGGAGUGGCGGCUCGGUGUUCAGGAAGCGCUCGUCGAGAUUGCCGAGGGACGUGGUUUGGGCGAAGGCGUGCUCGGUAGUGGAGACGCUGUUGAGAGUGACGAGGAAGAGGUGGAAGACGAAGAGGGCAGCGAAGAGGCAGCACGCGUGGAUGAUGUUGAGGACCUAGGCGGCAUGGCCAAUGACACCGUCGCCCCCAUUCCAGUGGACUUUACGAACUACAAGAGCAAAGCCAAGGUCAACGCGCCCAGCGGACCCAAGGAGAUGGUUCCUACUACGUCCCCCACGCACGCGGCGCUCACGAAGCAGGGGUACUCGAUCAUCGGCAGCCACAGCGGUGUCAAGAUCUGCCGCUGGACCAAGUCAGCGCUGCGAGGACGGGGGUCGUGCUACAAAUACUCGUUCUACGGGAUUGCGUCGCAUCUGUGUAUGGAGGCAACGCCGUCGUUGUCGUGCUCGAACAAGUGCGUGUUCUGCUGGCGACACGGCACCAACCCUGUGGGCACUACCUGGCGAUGGGUCACGGACGCGCCUGAUGUCAUCUUCGACGGCAUCACGGCAGCGCAUUACAAGAAGAUCAAGAUGUUGAAGGGCGUGCCGGGGGUGCGAGCGGAGCGAUUUGCAGAGGCCAUGCGCAUUCGGCACUGUGCUCUGUCGCUGGUGGGCGAGCCCAUCUUCUACCCGCACAUCAACGAGCUUCUGGGCUUGAUGCACAAGAAGCGCAUCUCGACGUUCAUGGUGUGCAACGCGCAGCACCCUGCGCAGCUGGCUUCGCUGGUGCCUGUCACGCAACUCUACGUGUCCAUUGACGCAUCGAACAAGGAGUCACUGCGCAAGGUAGACAGGCCGCUGCACCGUGACUUCUGGGAGCGGUUCUGUGCGUGUCUGGACAUUCUGCGGGCGCGGCGGUUCGAGCAGCGCACCGUGUUCCGACUGACGCUGGUCAAGGGGUUCAACAUGGAGGAGGAAGUCAAGGGCUACGCCGACCUGGUUGAGCGGGCGCUCCCGUGCUUUGUAGAGGUCAAGGGAGUGACGUACUGCGGCACAAGCGCAGCGGGAUCCGCGGGGCUCACGAUGCAGAACGUGCCUUUCUACGAAGAGGUGGCGGAGUUUGUGACGCUUCUGGAGAAGGAGCUGAACUCGCGCGGACUGGUGUACGGGAUCGGAGCCGAGCACGCGCACUCGUGCUGCAUUCUGCUUGCGGACAGCCACCGGUUCCAGCGCAACGGCAGGUGGGCGACGAGAAUUGACUUUGAGCGCUUCUUCGACCUGUACGAGGGCAAGGUGCAGGGGACGAGGAUGCAGGAUGGCGAGGUGGUGGGGUGGAGGCCCGAGGACUACCUGGGGCCCGACACGCCCGAGUGGGCGCUCUGGGGCAACAAGGGCUUCGACCCGAGGGACCAGCGCGUGUAUCGCAAGGGCAAAGGGCCGAAGACGGAGGAUGAAGCCAAGGCUAGCCCGUUGAAGGUGGUGUCGAGGCGAGCAGCCUUUGAGUUUUGA